CGAAUCCUCUCAAUCUACUACAAGCCUUUCAAAUACUUUUUAAAGACUUUUCAGUCAAACCACUACCAACUUUCACAAUGUCUCCCUGCGCAUGCAACUGCUGCUCCGGCAACUGCAACUCUUGCUCUUGCAGCUCGUGCAAGCACUAAAUGUGCCCAAUAUCCACUCCCUUGUGAAUAGCACCAAAGCGG